AAACAAUUACAAAGGGACGCUACCCGGAUUAUUAUAGCCGGACAAGCAAAGGUAGUAAGUGGUAAAAGUACAGCGCAGACAAUUUUAUAAAGAAAUACAAAAACGAAACAAGUGCAAGUAAAAAGUUCCUUAAAUCUAAUAUUUAGAAGAAAAAAGUGCUAUAAACACUUUUUUUGAAAAAAAAACCCUUCUAGAAGUCGAUGGCUAAACAGGCUUUGGUAGCCUUUACCCUAAAAUUAUAUUGAUGAUGUACAUUGAACACACGAAUCUAGAAGAUAAUCUACAUCAAAUAUUAACGAAUCGUGUGCCUACAUCGAGUAGUCCCAGUGCCAGUGAGGCCACGGCAGCAUUACUGGCGCGUGUAAGGGAGGCGCACAAUAGCGCAUCAUCUACACUACAACAAACGUCGUCGUCGACGUCAUCAUCAGCAACAAUAAACGCUCUGCAACACCAAAACAACAGCAGUACUCCCAACAACUAUAAAACUACUGGAAAGGAGUGGAUAAGACGUCCCGAACCCAAACUUUUGCCUUUGGAACAUUUCAAUUCUAAGGAUAUUACACAAGAAUUGCGAAGAGUUCCAGCUGCUAACAAUAGUAAUAAUUCAACUUUAGCUGCUUUUAACAAACAACAAGUGCCAAACGAACAGCAAAAGCAAUUUGGCAAAGACUUGCAAGACGGUGUAGGAGAAGAAGAGGAAGAAGAACAAUACGAAUUACUGCAAGUAAUUGACUCAGAUCAACAAACAGCUCAAGCGGAAACUUCAACUAUACCUUCGAAAGUUGAAGAGAACGUGCAACAGCAACAACAGCAACAAGAAGUAAUAGACGAAAAUUUUGCUUCCACCAGUCAUUUUGUAAUUGAUUUAAAAGACGGCCAUAAAAUUGCCUCCAAAGUCGCUACACCUUAUCAAGAGCUACCACAACAGAUACAGGUGGACGAAGACGAAGAGUUUGAAUACAUUGUUACACGUGUUCCCAAAAGGAAAAACCAACAAACAACUAGUAGACAGGCAAUUGUAAAUAAUCCAUUAUUGAGUCGUAAAAUUCGCAGACCAGUACCAGAAGCAAUUCCCAUUGAUAUCCAAUUAACUCUCAGAACUUGCAACGAUCAUUCAGCCACACUACCACCGCCACCACCUUUGCUAGCACCACACCCUCAACUACGAAGAUCAAUUCCCAAUCUAAGAAAAUAUAGUGUCGACUCGCAAGAAAAUUUCAAUUCAUACAGGCAAUUAAACGGUUAUUCUAGUACCGCCGCUGCAGCAGUCUAUAUCGAAGACGAAGACAACAAUUGUGAUUAUUAUUCGGAUUCGGAAACUGUUGAAGCAGCAUCAAUUGGCCGUCCAUCGUACGCCUAUAAUAACGAUUUCAACAGCAGACAAGAAGCCCAAAUGGGUCUCGACAUAAUAAAUAAAUUGAAACAUUUAUUUAAUUGGAAUCCUUCGACAAAUCACUACAGUACUGUACAUCAGGAGGGUAAGCGAAAGAGAAGAUCGGACGAUUGGUGUGCUGGUGAGUCAAGCGGACCCCAGCAGAUAAAGUAUCGUAAGGUGGAGAAUCGUUUUCCCAAAUAUAUUGCUGCCCGCUCUGAAGAGGACGAUGUAAAUGAGUUUUUACCACCUCUAACACAUCAUAAUCAUCAGCAACAGCAAAAAGUCCACAAAUACGAUAGACAAUAUUUAUUGAGUAAUUCAGCACAAAACUCCAGAACUUUAUUGGAGAUGUCCAAUCGUCGGUCAUCUUCUGCUAUAGACAAACCACCCCUAAGGAAAUCUAUGUUUUCAGCUCCCCAUAUUACCCAGCAAUUAAUCAAGAACACAACCUAUGCCGAUGUUGAAUUUUCCGACGAUGAUGAACCAAUUUUAAUAAAAGGUUACGAUAUUAAACCCUCUACAUUGGCUUCAGCCAAGCGAGUGCCCGAAGUCUUUAACAUUCCGAUUAUACGCACCGAUGAGCGUCGCAAGUCUACGCAACAGAAACCACCACCACCACCUCUGAUUGAACCCAGCACUGGCAGCAUUUUACAAUCAUCUCUUAACGCCGAAGUGGAGACAAGGCGCAAGCCAACUUAUGCCGAAACUUUACGUCAAAGUGCAGGAACUGGUCACGUAUUGGGUGGCCGCAGUAGUAUUUCCUCAUCAGUUGCUUCGACUUCUGAAUCUUCACGCAUAUUGAAUGGUUUAAUCAGUCUACGCACAAAUCAUUAUUCAACACAAAAUCGGUCUUCAAUACUCAACCAGGAAAAGCAAAGAGAGGAUUGUGAAAAAUAUCAACAGUUACUAGAACAAGUGGUACCGGGUCUAUAUAGUUCUAGCGGAGGUGAGAAUAAACUUUCCUCUUCUUCCUCCUUGAAGUCGGCGGCACAACGCCGAAGAUCUGGUCUACUCUUAGGCACAGCAGUAACAUCCUCUGCUCGCAGUUCUCCAGCUGCCAAUAGACGUUCUAUGGGUUUGAGUCAAUCGAUUUUCAAACGCCCUCCCUUAUCGUCCACAAUUAAUUUGGAUGACGAUGAGGAUGAUGAAGUCACCAUAACAGGCAUUUCACAUCUAAAAACUUCACGUCCCUCGAAAGGAAAACAGUCAAUGCCCACUACCGUCAUUGUAGAUGAUGAUGAAAUAUCUGAUAUAUUAGAUUUGGGUAAUGAAGAACGUCAUGUAUUGUCAGCCUGUGCUAAGAUACAGAAAGAGCAAAAUUCGAUUAUUAAUUUGUGCGAAGAAAAAGUUGAGAAACCCAAAAAAGAUGCUUUACCCUAUGUGGAGCCGGUUAAUUCAUUGCAAGAACGUUUCAAUGCUUCGCCCUUUAUCAAGGGCAACUGGAUGGAAAAUUGGCAAUCGAAGUGGUCUCAACUUAAAAAGACUAGAAAUGAUGAAGUUAAGGAAGCGGUUAAAAUUAACGAAAAACUAACAGCUGAACGUCGCGCAGCUGAGGCUGAAAUACAAGAACGUUUACGCAAAUUCCAAAUUGUCGAUCCUGAACUAUUGGUGGUCGAUGAUUUUGAUGAUGCCAUUGAAGAACCUGAAUUUGUAGAAUUCACACAAGAGCACAGGGCACGUAUUAAUGCAGCUAUAUGUGGUCCCUUGGAUCAGGUUUUGGUAUCCAAGUUCAAUUUGAACAUCACCAGACGUGACAUACACACCUUGUGCGGUCACAAUUGGCUUAACGAUGAAGUCAUCAAUUUCUACAUGAAUCUACUAACCGAGCGUGGCGAAAAGAAACACGACUCUCAUGGUCUGCCUACGGUCUAUGCCAUGAAUACAUUUUUCGUGCCACGUUUAUUGCAGGCCGGUCAUGCUGGCGUUAAGCGCUGGACGCGUAAAGUCGAUAUCUUUGCCAAGGACAUUAUGCCAGUGCCCGUACAUGUUGGCGGCGUCCAUUGGUGUAUGGCUAUAAUACACUUGAAGAAUCGUACCAUUAAAUACUACGAUUCCAUGGGUACUCCAAAUCCCAGUGUACUCAAGGCACUGGAACAAUACCUCAAAGAUGAAUCGAUGGAUAAACGCAAACAACCCUUCGAUACUAGUAACUUUGUAAUCGAAUCGGUACAGGGUGUGCCGCGCCAAAUGAACGGCAGCGAUUGUGGUGUGUUCAGUUGCAUGUUUGCCGAGUAUAUAACACGUAAUCGAGAGAUAACAUUCUCUCAACAGAACAUGGAAUAUUUCCGACAAAAAAUGAUUCUGGAAAUCGUUAUGGGUGAAUUGUUGCAGUAGUCAGUCAAGGAAAAGGCAAAAAGUUGUGCGCAAGUUUAAUCAUGGCUUUUAAUUUAAUAAAUUUAU